AUGUCUAAAAGGCCAGCAUUACCACGAAGUGAGCGGAUUAAGGCCGAGCGGGCCCUCGGCGUAUUCUCCGACCAUAUCGCACAGAAGCAGGAGAUCCUGCAGCAACAGCGACGGCGGGCGGCGCCGGCUGUGGGCUACGCAGCCUCGUCGUCGACGGCGUCGACAGCCGGCACGCGCGACACAGACUUGACAUCGGUCUCGGACUACACGGACGCAACAUCGAUCGCAGACAAUGCCGAGCGGAAGUCGCCGGCGGCAACGGUGGUCCCAGACAGCACGCUCGCCGAUUUGGACGCGAUCCUGGACAGGCUAGACCUCGACGAUGCGGCGCCGCAGAUGCCGAUGCGCCAGCUGCUGCUAGACGAGGGUGACGGCGACGGCGGCGACGACGGCAACCCCAACUUUGGCUCGCUGUCGGCGUUGCUGGCACGGCGCCUCGACGAGGGCCACGGCGAGUUUAUGUUUGACCUCGGGCUUGAGAGCAGCGGCGACACGCUGGGGCUGAUGCGGGCGCAGUGGGACAAGGCGCUGGCGCGCGUGGAGCGUGCGGCCGACGGGAUGGGCGCCGAGUGCGAGGUGCUGCUGACGCAGAAUGUAGGGGGAGCCGUGGAGGUGGAUGAUGGUGGUGAGGAUGCAAAUGCAAAAAAGGCAACAGGGGACUGCACGGGCAAGCUGAUGAUCCGGCGACGGCCCCAAGGGGCAGAGAACGUGAUUGAGGUGCGGAUCGCAGUAGUGGGCAACGUGGACGCUGGCAAGAGCUCGCUGCUGGGGGUGCUGGUCUCGGGCGAUCUGGACGACGGGCGUGGACGGGCGCGGGUGAACCUGUUCCGGCACAAGCACGAAUUUGAGACGGGCCGGACGAGCUCUGUGGGCAUGGAGAUCCUGGGGUUCGACGCUCGAGGCGCGGUGGUGACGUCGGGGACACCGGGCCGACAGCUGUCGUGGGGGGAGAUUGGACGGCGCAGCGCCAAGGUGGUGGCGUUCUCGGACCUAGCAGGCCAUGCGCAGUACCUGAAGACGACCAUGUUCGGGAUGCUCUCGGGGGCGCCGGACUACUGUCUGCUGAUGGUGGCGGCCAACAACGGGCUCGUGGGCAUGAGCCGGGAGCAUCUGGGAAUCGCGUUGGCGCUCAACGUGCCGGUGCUGGUGAUCGUGACCAAGAUCGACAUCUGUCCGCCACAGGUGCUGACGGAAACACUAAAGCAGAUCACCCAGGUGCUGCGCAGUCCGGGCGCACGCAAGGUGCCGGUGCUGAUACGGUCGCGGGCCGACUGUGUGGGCACAGCGGCGCAGAUGGUCAGCCCGCGCAUCUGUCCGGUCUUCCAGGUGUCCAACGUGACGGGGGCGCAGCUGGACCUGGUCCGGCUCUUCCUCCACAUGUUGCCACGGCAGGACCGGCCGUACGACGCAGAGGCGGCCCUCGAGCUGGCCGUCAACGACGUGUACUCGGUGCCGUUUGUCGGCACCGUCGUCAGCGGCAUCAUCAAGGCCGGGCUGGUGCACGUGGGCGAUGCCGUCUGGAUUGGACCCGACGCCAACGGCGGCUAUGCGGCCACGACGGUGCGAUCGAUCGAGCGCAGGCGCAUCAGCGUCAUGGCCGCGUCGGCCGGCCAGUCGGCUUCGCUGGCGCUGCGCAAGACACGCCGCAAGGACGUGCGCAAAGGCCAGGUGGUGCUGAGCCGGACGGACGAACCGCAGCCCAAGGCGUACUGGGAGUUCGUGGCCGAGGUGCUGAUCUUGUCGCACACCACGACGAUCAAGCUCGGCUACCAGGCCACGCUGCAUGUCGGCCCUGUGGCCCAGACCUGCUCCAUCAUCGCCAUGGAUCAGCCGCUGCUGCGGAUGGGCGAGCGUGCCCAGGUGGCUUUUCGGUUCAUCCAACGGCCUGAAUACCUGACGCCUGGCGAGCGGCUGCUCUUCCGCGAGGGCCUCACCAAGGGUCUCGGGAUCAUCACAGCGGUGGGCUACGACCGGGAGCAGCCAUUGGGUGGGGGUGACGGUGCCAGAGAUGUCGGGGAUCAAGCCCCAAUGACGAGCAUCUCGAGCGGCGGCUCCGAUCGGCGGCAGCGCCAGCUGGUGGUGGCAGCAGCCCAGGCGAACGAGUCGCGGGUGCGCGAGAUCCUGGCUGAGGAUGCGCACUGGGCGAGUCCAGCCGACCGCGACGCUCUGCGCCAAGCACUGCAGAAAGUGGCGCCGCGCGGCAGCGUGUCGGUGGCACGGCUGCUGCUGGACGCCGGUGCCGAGACGGAGCCGAGCCAGACCAGCAGCAGCAGCAGCGAGACGGCCGCGCUGUUCAAGGCAGCCGAGGCCGGCCACGUCGCUCUGGUGGCGGAGCUGCUGGCUCGCAGCGCCAACGUCAACGUGGUCGUGCGAACACGAGCGAACCAGACCGCCCUCUUUCCUGCCUGUGCUCGUGGCCAUGUCGACCUGGUUCGACUGUUGCUGGACCACGACGCCGAUGUCCAGUGGCGCGACCGCGAACACCGCACGCCGCUGCUCUUCUGGGCCGCCGAGAAACAGCAGCCGGCCACGACAAUGGCCAUUCUGCGGCUGCUGGUCGAUCACGGCGGCGCCGACAUCCAUGCUCAAGACCUCACCGGACGCACGGCCCUGCUGUGGGCUGCCGCCAACGGAAACGAGCAGCUCGUGCGCGGGCUUCUGGGAGAGGAGACCGACCCCAAGAAUGAGCUCAGGGCAGACGAGAACGAGAAGCGGGCCGCGUCUGUCGAACCCAGGCAGAGGCCCAGAAUUUCCAUUUCCAUCGAUCCCAGAAGCAGGACCACCAGUCCCAUCCACCACACCCACCACUCCCAUCUCUCGUACCUCUCCCACCUCUCGCACCACUCUCACACACAGCGGGCCAUCCCCAGCCACCACCCCUACUCCAAUCCUGCAGAGGACCUCGUGAAGGCCGUCAACUACCGCGGCCGCUCAGCCCUGCACCUAGCAGCCGAAGCCAAUUUUGUGGGCAUCGUGCGGCUGCUGCUGGACUACGGCGCCGAUCCCAACGCUGCCAGUGACGGCGGCUGGACGGCCCUGCACAACGCGGCGCAGGGUGGCCAUGAAGCCGUCGUUCAGCUGCUGCUGGAAUACAAGGCCAGAGUCAAUGCGGCGCUGUCCAACGGCAUGACGGCGCUGCACUGGGCCGCUUUUAACGGCCACGAGGCCGUCGUGCGGCUGCUGCUGGCCCACGAACAGAUCCGCAUCGAUAUCAAGGACGGCUUCGACCGCACGCCUAUGCUCUGUGCUGCCGAGCACCAUCACCGCAACAUUGUUCAGCUGCUGUCGCCCGUCCACGCGGCCGCCCGGCUCUCGCCUGCUGCCCGCAUCGCCUGCGACCAGUUCACCGCCACCGUCGUCGACUUUGGCAACUUCCGCGACGGCAAGCAGCACCAGGUCUUCAAACACUCCGUCUUUGACGUCCUCUACGGCUGGGACGACGAGAACAACCGGCCCAAGGUGGCGACCCAGACGAGCAAGAUCAAGUACCAGCCCAAGUUCCGCUGGAUCCACCUGCCCGCAAACAACACCCUGCUCUCCAAGUGGUUCAUCGAGGGUGGCAGCCGUGACAUCGAGCCGUUCAAGGCACUGGAGAAGUGCUUCGACCAGGAGCACCGCGGCCCGCUCGCCCAUGCCCACUUUAUGCGGACGUUCUGCAGCCGGAUCCCGUCCAUGCAGACGUCGUCGGCGUCUAUGCCGACGACAAACAACGGCCAGCCAGAUGAGCCGUUGGCCAUGCCGGGCAGCACCCCAUUGUCUCCGACGGCACUGGACCAAAAGGCCAUCGAUGGCGGCUCUGGAACUCUACGCUCUGAGCAGACGAAGAAGAAGGGCAAGGGAGAACUGAUUGCUGAGCGUCACGGAAAGCGCGCCAAGCGGACAAACGGACCUCCAGGAAACCCUCCCGGCACAAAGGCGCUCAAGGCUCGGGGCUCUACCAUCUGGGAGACAUCAAAGAUUCCGUCGGCAAACGGGAUUAUUAUGCCCUAUCUCCACUUUGAGACGGACGAGAGCCGCCUGGCCAUGAGCAACACGAUCGACCACGUCCGCCAGGGCUGGGAACCGCCCAUGGGCUCAUCGCGGGACGAGAUGUUGGUCAAGGGGUACUUGCAGAACGCGCGGCCGCUGCACCCGCGCCGGACGCUGGACCAGUUCUUCUACCACGGCAUUGACACGUCGAUCCGGGACGUGGACCAGGUGGUGUACCGCUACUUCAAACGACACGGGCUGGAGAAGAAGGUGUUCAUGGUGGACCAACUGUGGAUGUGGGUGCUGGGCAAGGAUCUGGUUGUGACAUGCUUUCCGCAGCGAUGGGACCAGCCGAAGCGCGAUCCGCUCAACGUGGUAGACGGCAUCAUCGAAGACACCAACGCCAAGACGCGGCCGCCGGUGCAGUCGGUGUUUGACCUGGCGAUGCUGAUCACGAACCGGUGCUCCGGUAUGUUUGACCGGUACCGGCCGGCCGACCAGGAGUACCAGUUCCUGGACAUGUUUGAGAGCUCCAUCGGCCUGGUGACCAACACGGAGAGCGAGCUGUUCCGACGCUUCAACAAGGCGUCCGCGAUGUCAGCCGAAUGGCUAGAGUUGCACCGACGGCCGCGACGACAGCGGCGGACAGGCGGCGAUGUCGGCAUGGCGGCAUCGCUGGCGCCUUCGCUCACGCCCAGCGACGGCUCGCUCGACUCGACACCCGUCUUUCCGGACGCGCUGCUGGACAUUGGCACGGAGACGUCGCUGCUGGCCGAGAUCAAGGACAUCCGCGACGAGCUCAACAUUUUGUUUGGCAUCCUGGACGCCCAGAUGAGCACGUUGGUCGAGCUCGAGAGCAGCAUCCUGGAGGAGCUGCGGCCAGAGAACGGCAGCAACAGCAACAGCAACAACAACAACAACAACAGCAGCGGGACAGCCCGUCGUGGCGGUGACGGCAACACGGCCUACGGCGCGGCCAGCGUGGAGAGCAUCACGGCCGAGACGAAGCGGCGGGCGCGCGACCAGAAACGGCUGCUAGAGGUCUACCGCAAGGAUUUUGAGCGGAUGGACCGGCAGGCGUCGAGCAUCUACAACAGUCUGACACACCUGCUGGACCUCAAGCAGAAGCACUCGAACGCACUCGAGGCGCGCUUUGCACGCGACCAUGCGAUGAUCGCAGCGCGCCAGGGCCAGACCAUUAUGACAUUUACCAUUGUCACCAUUGUCUUUCUGCCCAUAUCCUUUAUCGCAGCCUUCUUCUCGAUCCAGAUCAAGAGCUGGCAGGACAGCCUGACGGUCGGCUACGUGUGCAAGUACAUGUUCGGCAUCGGCCUGGGCAUCUCGAUCCCGCUGAUUCUCAUGGCCUUUACGGUCCCGGACAUUUAUGCGUCGGUCCACAGCAUCUACGCCGCCGUCCGCCAUCAGGGCACCCGCUGGCACCCGCGGCUGUGGACGGUGGCGGGGCACAGCCACGACGGCGGUGGCAGCAGCGACGGACAGGCUGGGCUGACGGACAGGCGGGCCGAUCACGACUACGUCAGCAGGCCGAUUGGAACGCCAUCAGAUAUGCCACGGUCUAGCUUCGGCCUGAACGGCGAUGCAGCUGCUCGUUCACACCAUGUUCACUACGCACAGCAGCAGCAGCAGACACAGCUGCAAUCUUUCUGGGGGCCUGAUGGCUCGCGGCGUAGCUCCUUGGCGACCGGCCGCAUGUACGGCGCCAUCGGCAGCGGUAGUGGCUGGUCCAGCGGCGGCCCGGCGCAUCGACGUGACAGCGGCGACCUCGAAAAGGGGCGGGCAGUGGUGUCCGCUGUCCGAGAUGCGUGA